AUGGGUUGUCGAGUAUCCAAUGUUGCACCUCACAUGUCCUAUUCUACUAAGGUUCAAGAAGCUAAGGAAGGGCAAUCUGAAAUUAGAAGAAAUGUCAAAUAUACUACUUCAUUACUCUCUGUUCCUGAAUAAGGGGUUCUGAACUUACAGGAUUUAUUUUCUAAAAGUGCUGAGAGAUAUGCUGGCAAAUAAUGCUUAGGCUCAUUUAUUGGAGACGAUUUCUCGUUUAUGACUUAUUCGUAAGUUUAAGAAGAAGCCAUCCAUUUAGGAAGUGGUAUUAAGACAUGGGGUCUGGCAAAUGAAGUUAAUGAAUAUAAGAAUUAUAAAAUGAAAUUGAUAGGAGUGUUUGGUAAAAAUAGAAGAGAAUGGGUUAUUCUUGAUAUUGCAAAUAUACUAUAUGGAUAUACAAUGGUUCCUUUUUAUGAUACCUUGGGUCCUGAGUCAAUCCCAUUCAUUCUAAACCAGACUAAUAUCGAAACAAUGUUUCUGACUGCUGAUGCAUCUAAAUCAUUGCUAAAAUGUAAAGAGAAAGGCAAAUUAUAAAAUUUGGUUUUAUUUGAUCCACUCCCCGAAGAAUUAGAGAGAGAAUUGAAAACUAAAGGAUAUAAAUUAUUUAAAUACGAAGAUGUUGUAUAAAAUGGCAGAAUUCAGAUAUAACCGCUUGCUCAAAUCUAUCCAGAAACCAUGUAUACCAUCUGCUAUACUUCUGGAACUACCGGAAAUCCAAAAGGAGCUUUGAUAACUCAUGGCAAUUUCGUGUCAGCUGUGGCGAGCACUUAAAUUACAGAUGCACGAAUAAAUGAUAAUGAUGUCCAUCUAUCUUAUUUGCCUUUGCCGCAUGUUAUGGAGAGACUAAUAGUAAUAUCCUUAUUAUAUGUUGGUGCUUAAAUAGGAUUUUAUAGAGGAGAUCCAAAUUUACUAAAGGAGGAUAUUUUAAAAUUAAGACCUACUAUCUUUGUAUCAGUUCCUAGGCUUUACAAUAAAUUCUGCGAUGGAAUCAAGGCUAAAAUCUCAGAAGUCACAGGAUUAAAGAAAGCUUUUGUUGAAUAGGCUAUCAGUUCUAAACUAUCAGCUCUUAGAUCCGAAGCAAGUUAUACAAAUUCUUUAUUUGAUAAAGCAUUUGAGGGAGUCAGACAAUUAUUUGGAGGCAGAUGUAGAUUGAUGGUCACAGGAUCAGCCCCAAUUUAAUAAGAUGUUAUUGACUUUUUAAAAAUUGCAGCUUGUUGCCCAAUACUAGAAGGUUAUGGGUAAACGGAAUCCUCUGCUCUAUCGUUCUCAACGGCUAUCUGGGAUCCAGUAUCCUCUCAUUUAGGUGGUCCAGCAGCUAAUACUGAAUUCAAAUUAGUGGAUGUUCCUGAAAUGAAUUAUACUGCUUAAGAUACUAUAACAGUUCGCAGGGGAAAUAAAGAUGAGGUAAGAGCAACCCCUAGAGGAGAAAUCUGUUUAAGAGGACCUGGUGUUUUUGUAGGAUACUAUAAGGAUCCUACAAAAACAGCAGAAGCUUUGGAUUCAGAAGGAUGGUUACAUACAGGCGAUAUUGGAAUGAUCACUGAAUAGGGAGGUGUAAAGAUUAUUGAUAGAAAGAAAAACAUUUUCAAAUUAUCUUAAGGAGAAUAUAUUGCACCAGAGAAGAUUGAGUCAGUCUACAAUAGAGUCCCAGGAGUAGCAGAAAGUUUUGUUUAUGGGGAUUCUCUUUAAAGUUAAAUAGUAGCCAUUAUAGUCCCUUAAAGUGACUAUAUAUAGAAAUAGGCAGCUUAGAUGUAAAUUUAAGGGAGCUUAUAGGAAUUAUGUCAAAAUUAAAAGAUGAUUGCUUUGAUUUAACAAAACAUUGAAACUUUUGGCAGAUAAAAUCAACUCAAUUCAUUGGAAAUAGCAAAAUUAAUAUAUUUAGAACCUCAACCUCUUUAAAACUUAGGAUGUCUCACUUCCACUUUAAAAUUACAAAGACAUGUUGCCAAAUAAAUAUUUUCUAAAUAAAUUGAAAAUUUAUAUAAAUAAAAAGUUUGA